AUGUUGACUGUCAAGAAAAGACAAGUGGACGCAGAGUGUCACACUUACCAAGAGAAAUUGACAAACUUUUUUUUUUUUGAGGUAAAAGGCAAGCAAGUGUGCACUUUGUGUGGAGAGGAGCUUUGUAUAUUAACAGUUGCCAAUUUGGAUUAUCACUACCACAGCAGACAUAACAAGCUUAAUGAGUUAGAAGGGAAAAUGAAUCUGGACAAGCACCAACCCAUCAGAAGGACCUGCGCUGCCCUCUCUGCCUCUACCAGACCAAGAACAAAAACAACAUGAUUGAUCACAUCGUCCUUCAUCAGGCCCCUGUGCACAAAAAGUGACGAGGUUCGCCUGGCAGAGGAGGCGAGCAAGAAGUACGGCUCCCCAGCUCCAACCAUCUUCUCCAAAGUCAUUGACAAAAGCAUUCCUGCUGACAUUAUUUAUGAAGAUGAUAAGUGUUUGGCCUUCAGGGAUGUCAAUCCGCAGGCUCCUGUCCAUUUCCUGGUCAUACCGAGGCUCCCUAUUCCCAGAAUCAGCGAGGCCAAAGAUGAUGAUGCUGAGCUUUUAGGUCACCUGCUGGUCGUCGCCAAAAACGUGGCAAAGAAAGAAUCUCUAGAUGAAGGGUACAGAGUCGUGAUCAACGAUGGAAAGCACGGCGCCCAGUCGGUUUACCACCUUCACAUCCACAUCAUAGGAGGGAGACAGAUGAAAUGGCCCCCAGGAUAAUGGUUUUCUCUGUGUGUGUGCACGUGUGUAUGUGUGUGUGUGUCUGUCAUUCUUCAUCCUUCGCUCUACUUACACAUAAAGAGCUUAGCGAGCGUGAGCAUCAUAAGACAUUUGUAAUAUUUACAAAAUGUCAUUAAGUCAUCACAUUUUCUGCACAAUAAAAAUCUCACUGCACCUGUUUCAGUGUAUAAAUUUUGACAAAUUAUUAAAUAAAGAAUAAACACAUCGUUGUGACUGAGACCUGAUAGUAAAGCUGUAAUUUAAAAUA